AAGUGCGGACUUGGCCUGAGGGUUUCGGGAUCGCAAAGUGGGUUUGCGUUUCGGAGCUCAAGCCUUGGACAAUGGUGUGCAUUCCUUGUGUCCUCAUUCCAGUUCUGCUCUGGAUCUUCAAAAAAUUCCUGGAACCAUACUUAUACCCUCUGGUCUCCCCUUUUGUUGGCCGUAUAUGGCCUAGAAAAGCUGUACAAGAAGUCAACAAUAAAAAUAAAGGCAUAGUAGUAGGCUGCAAGACUGCAGACACAAAUGGAUUAUCAACAAAAGGACCAACAGAAAUCUCUGAUAAAAAGAAAGACAAAUGUGAUUUUCUUCAAAGGAUCUCAGUUGUUUGAAAAAUGGACCCGAUGAUAUGAAGCACCUUCUUUGUAGUUGUAUCUGACCUUUUUCUCUAAGGCCAGAAUUCUGGAUAGACAAU